UUGGGAACCACUGCUUUAAGAGAUGUAAGAUACAGGAAGCAAUUUGCUCUCUAUUGCCUAUCAGCGAAGUGCUGGUAAGAUUAAUUUGCAUUUACAUUUUUUUAAAAUCAUGUUGUAUCAUUAAACAACAUAGUAUAUAAAACAUCUGAGAAUGGCAAACCAACUCACAAUAAGAAAAUACAAUGCCUUUAGAGAUGAUAGUUACAAAAAUUUCUUCUAUUGGCAAUUUUUGUCCAUUUUCAUUAAAAUUGCUGUUUUCAGAUAAGUAAGUAGUAUGUAUAGAACAAUGGAGGCAAUAAGGACUACCGACAUCUCUCUUUCGUUGAAGAGGAAUUGUUUUACUGUUGCUAGAAACUUAGUUUUUAGUACUUUAAUCUUUACCUUAAAUAACAAUGCAUAAUAGCUAAUAAAAUAGUGAUCAAAAUGAUCAAAGUAUGUACAGGCAAUAACAUUUUUUUAUAUUCCAUUGUUUAUAAAUAGUCAUUGGGAAACAGAAUAUUUUUUCACAAAUAUAUUCCCAAUCAGCUAAGUUCAUAAUAUAUUUCCAGUCUCCUUGAAUUACCAAGAGCUAAAGUAAGUAGACACUCUUGGAAUCUGUUUUCAGGACUCUCUUGUCUUAAGUGACAUUUUCAGGAUUCAGAAAGUUUGGACGGUAGUUUGCAAUGUAUGGUAGGGGAUGGUUUGUUUGUUUGUUUGGGGGGCUGGGGCGAAGAAGAUAUUUUUAGGAGUGUAAUGGAGAAUCACUUGUCUCUUAAACAAGUUCAGAUUGUUUCCACUUCGCUAUAUGUGAAGGAGACCAGGAUUCUGUGGUGUUCUGGUUGUACACACGGAUCAUUAUUUUUAGAACAGCAGCAGUUUUUAGCCUGUUCUUCAUCUAAUCCAAUUUCUGUUCCUUUAGAGGGAGCAGCGUAUGACAGCAGUGAAGUUUGUGCACCGUAUAUGUGCAGCUCACAAGCUUUGGCAUUUCUUUUGCUGUGAGUUGAAGGAUGUGAUAGUGCUCAGCGAUCAGAACUGAAUGAUUAUUAAACAACCCCAAACAUCCCCUGCACUUUUUCUGCUGUUCCUCUCUUCUGACUUAUGUUUCAGAGAUGGCUUUGACUUUUGAAUGGCUUUUACAACUUGUAACAGCUUUUGUUUUAUUUUAUAUAUGUUUUAAUGUAAUUUCCAGUACCCCAAAGCUCAGGAUGCAAUGGGAAGAAGUCAAGGAGAUUUUGUGUACCCCACCCCCCAGUUCAGGGUGCCAUGAGCAGUGGAUGUGUGUGGGAUUUUGACCCUACCCCAAAAGGCAAAGUGCCAUGGAGUGUGUGUAGCAGGCACACUUGCAGAGCAUAAGGAGUCAGUAAACAGUGGGUGGGUGUAGAAUUCUGGCACACUCCAGGGGCCCUGGACACUGGGUGUGGGUGGGAAUCCUGGCACAUUUAAGGGGCAGGAAAGGGUCUGUGCUGAGGGUCACCAGCCAAGCUGUGUCUAUUCAGUGACGGCAGUGGGAAGGUUUUCCUGGGAUGUCAUCCCGCUGGCUAUAGAUAGCAACUCCAAAGCUCCUUAAAGAGAAACCUCUUACCAGUCACUUUCCACAAAUGGUACAUACACCUAAAGGUACUUAGCGAAAAUCCUUGAGAGGUAUUUAAUGCUAAAGUAGCUAGUCUCCUCAGUGUCUCUCUGAAGGCCACACGAACACACACUGGCAGGGAGAGGUGCAGGACAGCCCCAGGACCAGUGAGUGACUUUGCCCCAACCAGGCUUUGCCAACCCAAGAGCUCGCCAAGAUGUGUGACAUGGGGGGCCUGGACAACCUGAUUGCCAACACAGCAUACCUGCAGGCCAGGAAGAGCACAGAUGGGGACACCAAGGAGAUGCAGAGGAGGCGCAAGAGCCUCUCACUGCCCAAGCCUGAGCAUUGCACAGAGGUCAGGCAGGCCCUCCCGGCUGAGUAUGAGAGCAUCUGCGAGCAGCAGCCCAUUGGCAAAAGGUUCUUCAGGGAUUUCUUAGAAACCAUGCCUGAAUACCUGGUGGCCAAGGACUUCCUGGAUGAGGUGUCCAACUGGGAGCUGGCGGAGGACAAUGCCAAGAGUGGCAUCAUGCAGAGCUUGGUCACCAAUUUCCUGAAGUCUGGCUCCAAGGGCUUCCUAGCCUUCAUGAGCUCAGACCUGGCCAGCAAGUGCCAGGCAGCCACCGAGAAGGACUAUGAGAGUAUCAUGCAGCUGGCCAAGGAGGAGACCAGGGCCUUCCUCCGGGACAAACCCUUCCAGGACUUCCAGAGAACCCCCUUCUAUGACAAGUUCCUGCAGUGGAAAGUCUUUGAGAGGCAGCCAGUGAAUGAGAAGUACUUCUACGAGUUUCGAGUGCUGGGCAAAGGUGGCUUCGGAGAGGUUUGUGCCAUCCAGGUGAAAAAUACCGGCAAGAUGUAUGCCUGCAAGAAACUGGAUAAGAAGAGGCUGAAGAAGAAAGGUGGGGAGAAGAUGGCUCUUCUGGAGAAGGAGAUCCUGGAGAAAGUUAACAGCCCUUUCAUAGUCACCCUGGCAUAUGCCUAUGAGAGCAAGAACCACCUGUGUCUUGUUAUGAGCCUCAUGAAUGGAGGGGAUCUUAAAUACCACAUCUACAACGUGGGAGAGAGGGGCUUGGAAAUGAACAGGAUCAUCUUUUAUUCGGCUCAGAUCACCUGCGGGAUUCUGCAUCUCCACUCCAUCAGAAUCCUGUACAGGGACAUGAAGCCAGAAAAUGUUCUCCUGGAUGAUAAUGGCAACUGCAGAUUGUCUGAUUUGGGCUUGGCAGUGCAAGUCAAAGAGGGGAAAACCAUCACCCAGAGGGCUGGGACUAAUGGUUAUAUGGCUCCUGAAAUCCUGAAGGAAGAGAAUUACUCCUACCCUGUGGACUGGUUUGCUAUGGGAUGUAGUAUUUAUGAGAUGGUUGCGGGUCGAACUCCAUUCAAGGAUUUCAAAGAAAAGGUCAAUAAGGAUGACGUGAAAAAAAGAACCUUGGAAGAUGAGGUGAAAUUUGAGCAUGCCAACUUCACGGAGGAAACAAAAGAUAUUUGCAGGCUGUUCUUGGCUAAGAAAUCAGAGCACCGUUUAGGAAGCAGGAGCAGUGACGAUGAUCCAAGAAAACAUGCUUUCUUCAAAACAAUUAACUUCCAUAGGCUGGAGGCAGGCCUCAUAGACCCCCCUUUUGUGCCAGAUCCAUCAGUUGUCUAUGCCAAAGAUGUUGCAGACAUUGCUGACUUCUCUGAAAUCAGGGGGAUUGAGUUUGAUGACAAAGAUAAGCAAUUCUUCAAGAAAUUUGCGACAGGUGCUGUCCCUAUACCGUGGCAGGAAGAAAUUAUCGAAACAGGACUGUUCGAAGAACUGAAUGAUCCUAACAGAGUAGCUACUGGGGGAUGUGCAAACAGAGGUGAAGCCAAGUCAGGAGUUUGUUUGUUGUUAUAAAUAUCACAUCAUUAACAAAAAGGGUGAAAAUGCACCACAGAACUUUCCAGAUUCUAACAGUGUUUCAAAAACUCAGCUAAGCUGUUUAACAAGAACCGAUCAACCUAAAAUAUGACAUCAACAGGACGAGCAUAAGCUGAGUGGAUAUUCUACUACUUUGUUCUAGCAACAGAGAUAAUCUGUUUAUUGUGUUGGAAGCUAUCAAGAUGAAGAAUCAAGUUUAUUUUAGUGUAACCCCUCUGCCUGUCAGAGUUGGCAGCAACAAGGGCCGGGUUCAGUAUCUAGGGGUUCCAUUCCAAUAACACAAUGCAAAACCGGCUCGAGCCCCCACCCAGUGACCUGGGACAAUUAUAUACCACCCCCGCUGGGCGCCUCUAAGAGGCAAUACUUCCCCUCUCGCAAGCACAGAGUCUGAGUGUAGCAAAAGCCUUUUAAUAACAGAGAGAAACAAUGUGGCAUUAUGUUGAGGAAACACCACCAACAGGAUUCAUAACACAACCCAUGAGCAAAAACCCACCCCAAGCAAAUUGGGCCUUUGGUUCUUGAGUCCAGCAACCCAAAAGUCACCCAAAGUCCCAAAAGUCCAACAACCCCAAAGUCUCUGUUCCUGGUCAGUGCAGCCCCAGAGUUCAAAAGUUUAUCUGCAGAGUUUUACCUCUCAACCUGGGUGGAAAUGGGGGGGUUAAGGGGCACCUUACAUGGUCCAAAGCCAAUUGCCCAACCUCUCCAUGGGGCUCAGCUCUGCUCUGCUCCGCUCCACCAGCCAUCCCACGAGUUACUCUGCUCUGGCAGCCGCUCCGCUCCACCAACCAUCCCAUGAGCUGCUCCAGCCGUCUUGCAAACUGCUCCGCUCCACUCCACCAGCCGUCCCGCGAACUGCUCCGCAAUAUAGCUUCAGCCCCCCCCCCACACUUAACACAACGCUCAGUGAUUUCAGCUCUUAGUAAUUCUACCUCUUUAGUGAUUUCAGCUUGUAGUAAGGGAGCCUCAGUGCUGGUACACCAUUGGCCCAAAAUGAUUUCAGCUUAGCAGCUUGUAACUAAACUCCUGUUGGAAUCAAAACUAGCUCUGAUAUUCCACAGGAGGGAGAGGGAGAGCAAUUGGCAUGUUGGACCCUCACCGGGGGGGGGGGCAUACUACCAGGUAUUAAUACCUACCCCCAGCUUUCUCCCCUCACUAGGUUUUGGAACCCAUGACCCUUGCCUAGCGAGUGCUGCUUAGUUUAUUGUGAGUCCCUCCGUCAUAACAAAAGGCCAAGUACUGUUCCACUGUCCUCGAUUCACAUAAUCAGGAUAAUAACAGUUUAUUCCUGCCCCAAUAACAGAGAAACUAGGACUCCUACAGCAGCCAAAUUGACCAUCUAGGCAGGGUGGGUGUGCCUAUGCAAAUGAGAUCAGCCCCUGAAGUUCUUUUACACAACCCACCACUACUCGCCACCAGAUGUCAGGGUAGAGUUCAUCCUGACUCUGCUUACAUCAGGAAACAUAGAAGGAUAGCACUCCAUCACUCUGUGUAUGUGAACUAUGAAAGCAAUAACAGGGUGAGGAGGCACUUGUUCUGAAAAUGAAUGAGUCUGCCAUUAUAAUACACUCAUUUCCUUUCUUGAUCUCUCCCCCCCCCCUUUUCUUAAUUCAAAUGUUUCUGGUUGUUCUAAAGUUUUCAAUAAAGGCUUUUAAAUGAUGAAGUAAUACUCUCAGUAAUUAGACAAUGAAUUUGGACUUCAUGCAUCACAGCAAAUUUAAGAGUCUUUUGGCUAUCUAGAUUUCUCAGUUCACCUUAGUCACUGAAUGAUUCAGUAGUAAUAUGUCCAAGUUCUCAUUCAUAUAAAAAGUUCAGCAGGAAUAAGGGCGGAAAGAAUAGGUCAAAUUCUCUUCUAUCUUAACUUAAUCAGACUGAGAGUGAACUAGUGAAUUUGAGAAAAGAAAUUGACUUAAUAUUGUGUAAGCUUAUGCUUUUGAGUAGUUAUAUUACAGCUUAUAUGAAGAAAUUGAUGUUUGAUUGUGAAUGUACCGUACAUUCAUUUUUUUUUGUUACCAAGUUCAACUUUCUAGCAGGUUUCCUGAUAUACAUGUCUAUAUUUGGUUUAAACUGUAGUUUAAAUUAAACUACAAAUAGAUCACACCAGUUUGUAACUGGCCUUUAAAAAGAGAAGUUUCUAAAUAUAAUACCAAUGUUAAUUCAAUCAGCCACAAAAAUAAAAUACAUUGCACUAUUUUUA